GGAAAGUUCAACAUAAUCAUUCUACAUUAUUCAAAUCAAACAAACUAUUCCCCAUUUUUCUUCUUCUUCAGAGGAUUACAUGGUAAAAUAGAAUGACAUGUUUUAGCAGAGUUUCCUUUUGUCCUUAGAAUUAGGUACAAGCUUUGGAAUUGAGUGGUUUGGCUACGCUUUCAUAUGCUUCUCUACAAUCAGAGCAUGUGUUUGUCAGAGACUUGCGUAUCAAUCAUGCAAUAACCCUCACCUGCCGCCAAUUACAUUUUUUCAUUCCCACGCAGCUUCUAAUGUUUUAUAGAUUCUAGAGUACAAUUCCCAUAGUCCCACACACCCCAUUUUUUUUUUUUUUUUUGGUUAUUAAUUAUAUUCCUGUUUUGUGAAUACUGUCUCAUUCGUUGGUUAUUGUUCUCCGUUUCAAAAUUGCUACCUAAACUAGCCUAUCCAAAUCUGAAUAUUUCUCAAUCUGAAAUUCUCUGUCCUUUUUGGUUAACCUAUGAAUUAGCCCAUAUUUGCUAAAAGGAAAUUAAUUUCUCCUCCGGGGUGUAUAACUCUGUGGAAUCGAGAAAAAAAGAGGAAGAGGGUUUGUUCUCAUUGGGGAUGCAUAUUGAGGGUGGUGGUGGAGGAAAUGGCGAAUCUUGUUCCCGGGGUGCUUCUGAAGCUUCUUCAGCACAUGAACACCGAUGUGAAGGUUGGUGGAGAGCACAGGUCUUCGCUGUUGCAAGUUGUGAGCAUUGUUCCGGCACUUGCAGGGGGUGAACUGUUCCCAAAUCAAGGUUUUUAUCUCAAAGUCUCUGAUUCAUCUCACGCCACUUAUGUGUCUCUACCUGAUGAACAUGAUGAUCUUAUUUUAAGUGAUAAGAUUCAGUUGGGGCAGUUUGUGUUCGUUGAUCGUUUGGAGGGUGCUUCUCCUGUCCCCAUUCUUCGUGGGGUUAGGCCUGUUCCUGGGAGACACCCUUGUGUUGGAACCCCUGAGGAUAUUGUUGCUACUCAUUCCCUUGCAUUCCUUGACAACGGUAAGGACAAGAAUGGGGUUUGUUCUGGUGGGGCUGGCAUGGAUAGAUCGAAGUCUCCGAGGAAGGUGUUUGGUGGUGGUGUUGGGGAGAAGGAGAAGAAGGAGAGAGUGAGAUUAAGCAGUAGUGGUGGUGGGAUUGGUAAGGAGGAAGUGCAAUCUAGCAAGACUAGUGGUGUUUUGGGUAGGAGCAAGUCUCAGUCUCAGCCUCAGCCUCAGCCGAGCAAGCCUUCACUCAGGAUUGAGGUGAAGAAUGAGUCCUCUACUAGAUUGAGGUCCAACAGUUUGCGGUCCGUCCCUUCCUCGCCGAGUAGUUGCUAUUCAUUGCCGAGCUCUUUUGAGAGAUUUGCCAAUGGGGUCAGGCAGCAUCAGGCAAAGGUUGGUCCUAAGGUGGGAGGGCUGGAGACAGGAAAGGCUGUUCAUAGAGCUAAUAGUCCGGUUGGGAAGAAAAGCGCAGUGGGAAAUCCGAUUAGGAAUUUGGUGCAUGGAUUUGAAAUGGGGGCUAAGGCUCUAAGGAAAAGCUGGGAAGGGACUGUGGAGGUCAACACUAGAGAUUCUUCCAAAACUAGAGUUGCAACCAAGUUUGAUCCUAAGCCUGAAGUUAGUACUCCUAGGAGGAGAAGCAUUGCAUAUGAAAAGCUGACAUCUAAAGAGGAGGGCAAGAUCCAACCACCAACAAGGCUCCCUAAGGAACAACAUAAGACCCAAACAUCUACAAAGAAGGCUAGUGCUAAUGGAACUAUGGAGGAACCAGAAAAGUCAAGCAAGCAAAGAAUUUCCCUUGGAAAGAAAUCAGCGGAAGUUUCUAACAGCGGGCUCCCUGGAAACUUGGUCAAAGUUUCUCUAAGUAAUAGAAAAGUGACAGAUGCAAGUAUUCAAUGGGCUUCACUCCCAUCAUCUAUUUCAAAGAUUGGAAGGGAAGUAAUGAAACACAGAGAUUCGGCACAGAUGGCAGCAACUGAGGCUAUGCAAGAGGCUGCUGCUACAGAGAGUUUAUUGCAAUGUCUAAGAACAUAUUCAGAGCUAACUAAUUCUGCUAAGGAAGAUAACCCACAGCCAGCAGUAGAGCAGUUUCUAACUCUUUAUGCCAGCCUGAAUAAUACCCGGACAAUUGCUGAAUCCUUAUCAAAACCUGUUCCAGAUGGUUCAUCUCCAGAUUAUGAGAAGAGCACGGUGGAAGAAGCCCUAAAAGUAAAAUCAGAUAGACAAAAACAAGCGGCUUCCUGGGUCCAUGCAGCCUUGGCCACCAAUCUGUCAUCCUUUGCUGUUUUUACAAGAGACUCUCAAUCAUCCAAGUGUACAACUUCAAGCAAUUCUCAAAACCAAAAGACUGUCGUGGGAAGUCAACUCACAUUAGUCCUACACAGUUCCAGUGAAGAUGCAUCAUCGAAAGUUCAUGCAAAAACUCGUCUGACAGCUAAUUCCAAGUAUGCUUCCUCACAAGGAACUCAUCGUAAAUCAGUUGAUGGGUUAUCAAAUGGGCAGAAGCAGCUGGUCCAACCCCCCUCAGAAUGGGUUAGAGGAAAUGGCCUCAAUGAGGUAGUUAAUUUGGUUGAAAUGUUGCAAUUACAGUCGAGAGUCUGGUUUUUGGGAUUUGUUGAGAGGUUCUUGGACAGUGAUGGGGACACUACCUUGUCAGAUAAUGACCAAAUAGCAGGUAUGCUCACUCAACUAAAGAGUGUUAACGAUUGGUUAGAUGAGAUAGGAUCGAGCAAGGAUGAUGGAGAAUCGUGCCAGAUAUCAGCAGAGACAUGUGACAGGUUGAGGAAGAAGAUAUAUGAGUAUCUUCUUACACAUGUAGAAUCUGCUGCUGCUGCACUCAGUGGUGGAUCACAAUUGGCGCCGCUGAACCAAACAACACAGAUUAAAGCCAAACGGUGAAUAAGUACAUAGCUUAGCUUAACGAUGCAUGAGUUGUAGGACAGUUUGGGACUAAACUUGGUCACUGAAAGUUGUCCAAGGUCCACUUUAAAUUUCACUUAUUUUUUCCCUCCUCUUACGUCUGUUUGUACAUAAAUCCUACAUGGGGUUUGAGGUAUAGAUGGAGUCUAAUUUAUUAGGGGGAGAUAGCCAACAUGAUUUGUGAGGAUUUAACUUUCAUUUUUCUAAAUAUUGUUCAGAUGAAAUUAUACAAAUUGAAUCAAUGGAGGAUAUAAGCAGACAUGAUCUUUUCUAAAGCCCUUCCUUGAGUUGUGAUUCUUGCAUAGUUUCCCAAAUCAUGUACGAUGUAACUUCUGCUGCCAAAGUAUAAAGCCAUAAGCAUUACCGUUUCA